CUGGCUGCGGCCUGCGUUCAACCGCGACCUUGUCGGCGCGAACACAAAUUAAAUAACCUAAAAAUAGUUCGCCGCGUUGCCGACAAUCCGAUUUCCUGCCGAAUUACGUUCGUUCACCGUCAUUUGCUAUUUAACAGGGUAUCGAGAUGGCUUACCUAGCCAAGUACGUAUUAAGAGGUUCACGCCUAGCUCCGUUUUGUAAGAGGGGGUAUAGUACAGCCUCCCUCUGGGUUUUCUCUGAAGAAGUUCGCCAGGCCAAGUCAGAGGGUAAGCCGAUUGUCGCCCUGGAGUCAACGAUCAUUACUCACGGUAUGCCAUACCCUCAGAACUUGGAAACAGCGAAGCAAGUUGAGAAUAUAAUUAGAGAAAGGGGUGCAGUUCCAGCUACGGUGGCCAUUUUAAAAGGGCAGCUGACUAUUGGAUUGUCUGAGGAGGAGCUGACUUAUCUGGCGCAGGCCAAAGGAGUGGUGAAGGCUUCGCGCAGGGACCUGGCACCAAUCGCUGCUGCAAAGCUGGACGGAGCCACCACAGUCGCCGGCACCAUCAUCGCAGCACAGCUUGCUGAUAUACCUGUGUUUGUUACCGGUGGCAUAGGUGGUGUGCAUCGUCACGGCGAGAACACAUUGGACAUAUCGGCGGAUUUGAACGAACUGGGACGCAGCAAUACCCUCGUCGUUUGCAGUGGAGUUAAAUCCAUAUUAGACAUUGGACGAACUCUCGAAUACUUGGAGACGCAGGGUGUAUGUGUUUGCGCGUUUGGCGAGACAUCAGACUUUCCCGCGUUCUACACCACUCGGUCAGGUUUCACUGCACCGCAUCGCGUGAGUGACGCACUGCAAGCUGCACGCGUGUUGCACGCAUCACGUCAAAUGAAACUUGCGUCGGGGAUCGUCGUUGCCGUACCUGUGCCGCAGGAACACGCUAUGGAUGAGAAAAUAAUACAAGAAGCUAUUAACAAUGCACUGAAAGAAGCUGAUCGGAACGGCAUUUCUGGGAAAGAAGUGACACCAUUCAUACUUGCUGCGGUCGCCAAGGCAACGAGCGGAGCUUCACUUAAUGCCAAUAUUGCUUUAAUAAAGAACAACGCGAAAGUAGGUGCCGAUAUCGCAGUUGAAUUUAAAAAACUCAAGAACGUUGACGAUUCUAAGAAUGCGUUUAAUAUUGGAUUGUCGAAGGGCGCUGGGAAAUGUGCGUCCAAUACUUCGAGACAUUUUCACACUUCUUGCAGCCGACGGGCUGAUGAAAGUCCUUUGUUCUCUGGAGACAAGAACUGCGGGGGAGACGUGUUAGUGAUCGGCGGAGCGAACGUCGACCGUAUUUACAGGUUGAAGGAAGAGGGAGCGCAGGUGAGUGUUUGAUUACCUACAUGCUCAACGAUGUCUGCAUUUGGUAACUUCAAAGGACUCAUAGAAGUCCUAUAAUCAUUUCAUUUAUACUUAUUUAUUUUAUGUAUAGCAACGGCUUCAACCUACUAAUUAUCUAC